ACUCCCACAUCAGCAGUCUAACUUCAGAGAAAGAAAACUUGACCAGGAACCUUAGAAAUGUGACAGACCAGCUAAGUGUGUUCAAAACCCUGAAAAAAUCCCAAUAUCUGUUAAAAGAUGAGAUAAGAAACCUGGCGACUGAAAAGAUGGACCUUACAGAACAAAAGAAAAACCUGGAGACAAAAAUCCAGACGCUGGAGACACAAAACAUGAAGCUGGAGACAGAGAAGAAAAAGCUAACAGAACAAAUUCAAAACUUGGAGGCAGAAAUGAUUCAGCUCAACACCAGUCGAGCUCAAUGGAGCAUCAAUGCCUACUGUCAACAACAAGACAGCCCAAGAACAUGUAAACCAUGUGAGAGCGGCUGGUUACACAGUCAGUCCAGCUGUUAUGCAAUAAAUGACCAUGAUUCUGCUGGUCAGAGAAACUGGGAAGGAGCUCAAAAAGACUGCAGAGGAAAAGGUUCAGACCUGGUUGUUGUAGCUCGUGACAAUGAAAAGAAAAAUAUCAGUGGUAACAGUUGGGGCAGUUCUGGGUUCAGAGGAUACUGGAUCGGUCUGAGAGCAAAAGAUGGGAAAUGGAAGUGGGUUGAUGGAAGUGGUUUAGCUAACACCUCCUGGAUGACUGUACCUGCCACUGAUGGUCGAUGUGUAAUCUCUGUCCAACAUGAUGGAUGGAAAUCAGUGAGCUGUGAUGAAAAGCAGCGGUGGAUCUGUGAAAAGGCAGCUUUAUCUGUUUAAACCUGCAUUCAAACUUCA